CAGGUAAUGACUUCCUGAUUUAUGUACACAGCUACCACAGGUGAAAAACUUACCUAGGCCGAUUUGUCAAAAAUUCUGUAGAUAUUUUUUACCGUUUUGUGACAAACAGAAAUUUAUCACGCGAGUAACGCUAUUAUAAAAACCGUGAAUGUGUAAAAUAACAUGUGCAUAAACAUCGGAUAAAUAAAUUCUACAGGACAUUUUCGGUGAAAUAGGUCAAUUGACGCACCUGUCAUCUGUAUAAGGUUGUGUAUUCAUCAAAGGCAGUCACCGCUGGACAAGUUAUUACGAGUGAGAUGUCCUGAUAGUAACUUCCUAAAUUAAUGCUAGAUGUAAUUCAAGCAGACUUCAAGCAGACGACAAAAAUGAGUCUCUUUAAAAAGAAGAAGAGCCUUGUCAUAAAUGACGUAGAUCCCGUGUACAAGGUCAGGUACCUAGGUAACGUACAGACCGCCAUGAUGAAAGGUGAUGGCUGUGUCGACAAACCCGUGGGUAUAAUUUGGAACAAUUAUCUUCGAAGCACGAGCCCUGGCCUCGAUAUGAAACUGACAUUGACCUCUUCUGGUCUCAAGGCGUUCACAAAGGAGCAGGGAUUAACAGAAUAUAGGGCACAUAGGAUAUCAUAUUGUAUAGCUCACCCGGCAUAUCCGAAAUUGUUCAUCUGGGUUUACAGACACGAAGGUAAGAGAAUGAAGUUAGAGCUCCGAUGUCACGCUGUGUUAUGUAAAUCUGAGGCCAAAGCGAAAGCUAUGGCUGUGCAGCUGCACGAUAAAAUAUCAUUUGCUCUAAAAGAAUUCAUGCGUGAAAAGACACGAAAACAGAAUGCUAGACUGACCUUACAAAGAACAAAUUCUUUGCCUUUACAUGGCAACUCCGUUGUGCCUAAAAGAACUCAAAUGUUGAGCACAGGGCAGAAUUUUAAACCACCUAUAAGUAAAUCGAACACGGCACCAAAAUUAGGAUCAAUUCACGAGGAUCACGAGCAUGAAGAUGACGUCAUUUUAGAAGAGGACGAAGAAGAGGAAGAAGAUAGCAUUGACGGGGAUACUGACAGAAUACCCUCCCCGACAUUCAACGCCCUAACAUUACAUGGGCAUGACAAAAGUGAAUUAGAUUAUAGUAGUGAAAACAUGUCGGAGCGUGUGAUAGAUUUAGAAAUUGGAAAUAAUAUUGAGGAAUUAAAACUAGACGGUGAUGUGCAGUUUUGUAUAUCUCACGCUGGAGAUUCGGAUGAGGAGAGUUCAGAAUCGGGAUUUCACGAGCCAGAUUCAAAAGACGGAAGUUUAACAGCGGCAGACGACAACUCUCUCGAUGGAGAGGAAGUCGUCUGCGAAACGCCGAAUGGAGAAGUGGACGAGACGCACGUGCCGAUUAGUGAGGGUGCGCAUGCGUCGUCAGAAUGUACUGAACCUACCCGCGUGCCUUCCGGUUUAAUUGCACAAGAAAAUGAAGUGACAAGUUUUUAGUGAUAAGACUGAGGACAUGAUUGCAUAAUUACAGUGAUAGAAGACGAAUUCUUGAUGAAGAAAGCAAUAAAACAGUGAUAUAUAACUCAAUAAGUGCUGUGUACAUAGCUGACAAAGAUGAGCACGUUUUCCUCGUGCCUUCUUCAGAACAAUUGACCUAUUUUGCAAAUUUACUGCUUGUAAUUCGUGUAUUAUAAUUUUUGAUACACUGAACUACCAAGAUAUUCGUGAAUAUUAAAAAUACGUGUGACAAAUUGAAUACACAGAGGCUAUAUUCAUAUAAUUAUGAAACCGGAAACAGUGUUUAUGCAGACGAACAUGUUUACCGGAAAUGUAUAUUUUACGACAAAGCGUAUAACCUCAAAAUUCAGUGUAUUUGGAAAAAAGAUAAAUAAACAGAUUGAUUUCAACUGUGUUCACUAACUUAACUGGAAAAAAAAAUCCAUCGCAUCUUUGAAUAUAUAUACAAAGAGGAUACUACACACACCAAACAUGAGGGAAUCGAACUAAUAUAAUGGGAGGCUUUUGAAAAGGAUUAUGCUUGUUCUUUUAUAACAUGACGUUAUGAAACAGUGAUAUAAUAAUGUAAGGACAUUGGCCCUAGUAUAAUACUGGAACAAAUGUAACUUAUUAUUGUGGAUAGCGGCAUACAUCGACAUUUCAAAACACAGGCAAUCAGUUGAUGUGUUCUGAAACAUAAGCAGUUGUGGAUAAAACUGUGAAAGUGGACAGCAUAUGUUGAAGAUACAUAUACUUCAAACUUCUAUAGCCAUUUUGGCACAAUGACAUCGUUUUUCCUUAUAUGGGCAUAAAAGUAUGUGGUAAAUUUAUGAACAACAACUUAGAUAAUUACAUUUGGUAGCUCAAAAUAUAACAAUUCAAAUGUGAAUAUACCUCCGAUUUAAAAUAUUAUCUUGCCACAGAAGUCCAUACAAUAAAGAAUGAACGAUGACAUCACAUGUCAAAAAUGGCCGUCUAUCUUUGACGUCAUUAUAAAAAUUGCAGUAUCAGUUUUGUUUGUAGCCCGAUUUUCAUAACAUUUCCACAAGUUUUACUGUUUUGCCCAUCCUGUAAACCAGGAAAUUGCAUGUUUCCCUUUAAUUUUCCAAAAAAUGCAUCAACGAUACAAUUUUAUGACAGAAAUUAAUGGUAAAAAUGGCAACCAGGAACGUUGACAUUAUUAAUAUUGGCAGCAGUGACAUAAUAUAAUGGUUGUAAUAUUAACAUAAUAUCAUGUUUUUUGGACAUUGAAAUGAUUAUCUUGUUGACAAAUGUAUGUUUUAUGUCGCAGUGGGAAAAAUAUAUGAAAACCAGUGCCUCAUUUACAAAAUUUCCUUAAUAGUAAUACCUUGUAAUAUUAAACAUUAUAAAAAUACUGUUUAAUGCAGAUAUUUGUAUCAAAGAAAUACAUGUUUAAAGGUACAUUUUACUCAGGUAACUUGACCAGGUAGGAUAUUUGCAAGAUUUUGAAUCAAGCGUACUUCAAAAAGUCCUAGUUUUUAGUAAGGUCACACAUAUUUUCAACUUCUAUAUAAAGAUGGUUUUCGCCGUGAUCGUUUAACAUAUAAGCUAAACGCCUUUAGGCUGCUUUAGGAAUGCUUAAUUGAUGAUCGUAUUAUGAGAUGUUUAUUGACUGAUAACAUUCCGGGGUUGUACAAUGUUUGCUUAAUAUAGAUUGCUGCAUAUCCCAACCGUUUAAUAUGGAAAAGUUUAGGACGCCAGGAUGCCGACAAUUUGCAUAUUUAAUUUUAUCACGGAAAAAAAGAAAUUAUUGUGCCCACUGAAAUGCUGUAACUUUGGGAAGGGGCGUAACUCUGUUAACUCACCUACGAGUAAUAUAGGAGUUAUAUGCACAUGUGAAGUCAUCGUUCAAACAGGAAGUACAAAACUAUUUGACUGCACACAAAUAAAUACGGGUUUAUUGGCCGAUGUUAACAAUAUAAUACAAUACAUCAAUACAUUUUCUUAAACGGGAAGUCAAGCUGGAAUAAUCUUUAAGGUUACAACAAUUACUAAUAUUAUUCACGGUCAGUAAGUGCAAGAGAAAAUUUAUGGAAGAAUGUUCCCAUUCUAUUCUUUUUAAUAUUUAUAAAUUAUUCAGAAGCAAUUUUGCCUGCAAUAUGCAGAAAAUUAAUUGCAAUACAAUGUACAUUCAAUAUUAACAUCUACAUUGUAAUUUGAGUCAUAAUGUUGUUUUUUCUUUUCAACAUUUUCGUAUAUAAUUUAAGUUACAUAUAUCAGUUCAAGUCUUUGCAAAGUUAUGUAACUGAAAAGCAAAUGACAUCAUUUCAAUUGACAAAUUUGUGGUCUUUGAUAUAAGGAACAUGCUAGAUGUUUUGAAAAAAGUUUUAACCCUAAGCCUGCUGGCGGCAAGUGAUUCUGCCUUUGCGGCCAGUGCAGACCAAGAUCAGCCUGCACAUCUGUGCUGAUCAUGGUCUGCAAUGUUCGUCAUUUAAUCAGUAUUUUUUUGGUAAGCACCCCUUUCAGCAGUUAAUGGUUGUGUCCAAACUGAAAGAUGGACAAGUUCAUUUUAGAAAUUUAGCAGGGUAAGGGUUUAAAAUAAAUGGUCAAUAAAGAGUAAAAUGUAUAAGCACACAUUGGAAGGAUUUCAGAGAAUAUAUCUGUGAAACAUACAAUUUCGUUUCUUAAAGGCACCUCACGUUCCUUCACAUAUCAGUAGUUGUUAUGUCCAUGAAAAAUCAUGACAUUUUACCUUAUGUGCAGUAAAAUCUAUAAAUGACUCGGGCACACGCGACAAGUAGGAUUUGAGGCCGCAUAAAGAUGAAUGUUUUCUGCCAAAGACGAUUUUAAGUUAGAAAAAAAACAACGUUUUUCACGUCCAUUGUGAAAUUUGUUUUAAAAAAUGGAGUGAUACAUAUAUAGUGUUUUAGUAACAGAUAUUCAAUACCCAGUAUAGAUGUGAACAUCGCUAUUUCAUUACAGAAUGUAAUAACAAGAAAUUAUAACAAAGAUUUUUUUUGCAAGUAAUAGCCUGUCAUAUAUUUUGCCUUACGUUAAGUGCGCAUGCGUGAAAUUUUACUUUCGUUGCUAAGGAACACGCCAAGUGUAAAUUCAUCUAUAUCCUCAAAUAGUAAGAUUGCAUUUAUACCAUAUCAGCCAGUAUACGUGUAUAUUCACUAGUAUCAUGAGAAAAACAUAUAUAUGUUAUAAACCAUAUUGUUUUUUUUUCUUUAAAUUGUAUAUAAUGGUUGCAUGUUUUGCGACAAACGUUUCUAUGUUUGUUAUAUAAUUUAUUUCAUACUCUUCCAAACAGGAGUUAAAAUGGUUGUUAAGUUACCCAGUGAUAUUAUUGACUAUGUGAUAUAUGCUCCCUAAUUUUUGUCAUUGUUUAAUAUUUGAAAACUACAUACGUAACUCAAUACUUAAGAUAAUGGACUUAAACACUAUGUGAGCCGUGCCAUGAGAAAACCAACAUAGUGACUUUGCUACCAGCAUGGAUCCAGACCAGCCGGCGCAUCCGCGCAGUCUGGUCAGGAUCCAUGCUGUUCGCUUUCAAAGCCAAUACAUUUUAUCCCGUCUAUUCGAAGGAGAGGUAGAGUUAUUGGACUCACUCAUGCGUCGGCGUCGGCGCCAGUGUCCCGAUUAGUUAAGUUUUUGUAUGUUAGCUGGUAUCUCAGUAACCACUUGUGGGAAUUAAUUGAAACUAUAGACACUUAUUCAAUGUGAAGAACUGAUUUAUACUACACAUGUUCCAUAACUCUGCAUUUCGUUUUUACAAAAUUAUGCCUUUUUCCGACUUGUAUUUAUUCAAUUGACAACGCUUUGAAUAGUCGAGCGUUGCUGUCCUCCGACAGCUCUUUUUUAAAGUUCUCAUACAUUUGUCUCGUAAAUCUGGAGAUAGAAUCAAAUUAUAUUUUUCCUUCUCGAACAUACAACUUUGUAUAUUUUUUAAUGUCACUGAUUUUGCCUAAUUAAAACUAUAGAUAUACAUGCGACGAUGGCUAAAUUUGAACUGAAAUUUUACUGAUGUUCAGGUCUAAAACAUCAUGUUACAAGCCAUUUAUUUUACAAUAAACCAUAACAUUAAGAGACAAUCCUACGGCUAAUUAAAAUGAAUUAUGUUUAAAGUUCGGACACGCCUGUAUUUUCUACUGAUUUUAUAUCCGGUUUUGCACAUAGCGACCUGAGCUUUUGAACCCGUUUCACAACAUGCAUAUUGUUUAGCAGCAAACUUUAACGAAACAUUGCGAUUAGAUUAUAAAUUUUCUUUUUUUUAGAAAACAAAAAAAAGAAACUCGUCCAUUCUGUCUGAUGUUCAAAUUAAACAAACUGUAUACAUUUUUUAACGCGGGAUAACUAUAGCUAACAAAGUCUAAUUAGAUAGCUCUGAGCAUGUUGAUCAGACAUCAUAUAUUAUAAAAAUCUUAAAAACAUUAUUUAGAUUUUUUUUCCUGUCCUUCAAUAUGAAAAUUGACGUUUAUUAAAAUGGAAGGAAUGUCUAACAAUAACACGAGUUCAUAUGAAAGAUAUCGUCCAUCUAUCCAACACGCUGAAAAGAUUUUCAAAAUAGGAUCACUUUUCAGAAAGAUAUUAUCAUUUGAAAUUUAAGAAAAUGGAUAACCGUGGAGGCAAUCAUUUUUUUUUGUGUUUAUCCAUUAUAAUAUAUUUAAAAGAAACACGAAAGUAUUGAAUUUUGAAACUAGACAGUUUUUAAGCUUUUAUAGACAUUUUCGGCUGUAACAUAACACUAUUAUAUAUAUGGUAAUUUUUAUUUGCAUUUCAAAAUAGUUGUACAUAAUUAUAGUUGUUUUUGUGUGUUUUGUACUUGCCGUUUAUGCUCAUAUUGUACAUAUUUGUUUUAUUUUUAGACAUACUGAAUAAUAGACGUGUUUGAAUUAAGCAAUGGAAGGCCAGUGUCAAAGUUUACAUGUGUAUGGAUUUAGUUUUUAAACCUUAGCCUGCUGGCGGCGAUUGCUUUUGCCUUUGCCACCAGUGCAGACCAAGAUCAGCCUGCACAUCCGUGCAGGCUGAUCAUGGUCUGCACUGUUCGCUAUUCAGUUAGUAAAUUUUCAGUGAACACCUCUUCGAAAACUAAAUGGUGUUGCCCAAACUGAAUGAUGGAACAGUCCAUUUUAGAAAUUUAGCAGGCUAAGGGAUUUAUUCAAAUACGCUGUUUAUUCUGUCUGUAAUCGAAACAUAUUUUUUUUUUUCAUUAAGCACUUUACGGCAUAUAACGUUCUUUGUCUGCUCCCUGUAUCAAAAGCCCGAGUGUGUGAAUUGUCCGUCCGUCCGUCCUUCACACUUUCUUGAGUAUUUAAACUCCACAAGUCUACAGUUUUUAGCAAGUUCAAAUGAAACUUGGUGUACUUCUGUAACUUCAUCAACAUAAUGUGGACAUGUAUAAGUUAUCGGGACUGAAAUAUCUGAUUAUUUUACUAGGCUGUGUCCUGGUUUUGGACUUUACAACUACAUUCUGUCUUGGUUUUCCUCAGAUCCUCCUACAGUUUCCGUCGGUUCAAACAAAGCACAUGAUUUAUCGCCAAACACCAAGUGGAAAUUAGUCACUAAUCCCGAGUUUGAUGUCCAAUUAUUCAUUUCUGAGUGAUGCCCCCCCCCUUUUAGACUGAUGAAGCAUUAUUCUUGUUUUACAGUAUUUUUAUGAAGAAUCCUUAUGACCCCCACCCCACCCACACUUCCCCCGCGCCAAAAAAUAAAAACAUCUGACUUCCUGCAUUCACGUGUACAUCUCCUUUAAUAUAUUAUGAAAAAUCAUCAUCAGCAGUAAGUGCACUACACAGGAAGUGAAUAAAAUUCCAUAACGCCUAGUUGCAGGUUAUUAAUAUAUUUAUUUCUUAUUUUCGACACCAUUGCUAUAUUUUCAGUUCAAUAGACAAUAGUUUCCAUAACUGACUUCUUUUUUUUCCUUCCUUAAAAUUAUGUUGUUUUUUUUUACAAAAAUAAUAUUUAUAUUUGUAAGUUACGUUACUAAAGUUGUCUUUAAAUGUUCUACAGUUUCUAAAAAUCAUUUUUUUAAAUACUGGUCAUAGAGAAAUUGUAUUAAAGACGUGUAUCGAAUCACGUUUUUGUAUGGAGCUAGGUUUAGUAAAAAAACGGUCCAGUCUAGACCUUAUAAAUCAAACGGUGAAAAGUAUCACAGAAUGUGAGCAUAGGGUUCUUUUAUGGAAGGUGUAUGUUAUAUUAUUGGUAUAAUAUUACAUUGUUAUAUUACUAGACCUACAUAAUUUGUUUUUUGUUUGUAAAUGUUGAAGGACUUUUAGAGUUCAAUGUACAUGACGUUUGUAAAAUAGUCAGAGUCUUCAUUUUCUAUUGUUACAAUGAAUUGUUUUUUAUGUUUGUCCCUCUAUAAAAUAAUAUGGGAGAUCUUGUUGAAAUAAAUAGAUGUUAACCAUUA